AUGUUGACACAGGACAGUAAAACAUGCCUGUUCUCCGGCAUCGACCCGCAAGAUCUAGAUCCUACCAUCAGGGACAGUGUGAAGGUAACGCAAGAGCUGGGAUUUCGGUUUCUCUGGGUCGAUGCCCUCUGUAUCUUUCAAGACGACGAUACGUGGAAAACGAGAGAGCUGGAAAUCAUGGGGCAAAUCUAUCGGAACGCGACAUUCACGAUUGUGGCAUCCUGGGCCGAAGAUGUCAAAAACGGUUUUUGCAUAGCCGCAUAUCAACACAAGACUUGGUUGGUCGUUGCUACAGACAACCCGAACCCGCCUUCAGGUUCCGAGUGGAAGAGAGUGGUGAGAAGUGCGAGAAACCGGUACUACUCAGGCCGGCUCCAGUUUGCACACGACCAGACGACUUGGAUAUGCUAUUGUAGCGAGCCACCAGCGCAAGAAUGUGAUGGCUGGCUGGCUGGUACGUGGUACGGCCACGAUAUCUACUCUGACGAUUAUUUCGAAGAUAUCAUGACAAUGGUACGAAGCAAGAAGGACUCUUUUCAGACCAAAAAGGUUCUAUGGAAUUGGUAUGCCCUCGUGAAGGUAUACUCCAACCGGAAGCUACGAUACUGCGAUGACAGACUGCCUGCUAUAUCUGCACUAGCGAGGGAAUUUGCAUCGAUCCUAGGGGAUCGAUACAUAUGUGGCUUGUGGAAGUCUGACUUGCCAUUCGGUUUGAUGUGGCUCCCAAGGAAGCUACACUACUCUGUUUCUGGCGGGACGUCGGGACCGUCGUGGAGCUGGGCAUCUUACGAUGGCGAAACACGUUGGUGGGUUCGGAAGCACCAAGGGUGGCGACCGGAUCAGGACUUCGAAAUUCUUGGCAGUGUAAUCGAGCUAACGUCGCCUGGAAACCCGUUUGGCAAGGUCAAAGCGGCUGAGCUCCAUGUUCGCGGCUUGCUCUUGCCGCCAAUCCAGUAUAUUGAGAUCGACCCGAACGAAUUCGACGGCAGGGACGCAGGAGAAGCUCUGCAAACAUUCGUGUCAUUUGACUACAAUGACGAUCCCAGAGUGCAGCCAGAUUCUGGAUUCAGUCUGAGCUUUCUGGUGGUUGGAAAUAGGGAAUGGUCGAGAAUAGAUGGCCUUGUAGUUUUGGAAGAAGCGGAGAACCGGUACUCUCGGGUGGGAUGCUUUCGUAUCAUGGACCUAUCACCAAUGACCCCAGAGAAUAUAUCGCCGGAGGUGGGUGGCAGACUGGCGAAGUCGCACGAGGAGCUUCGAGCCUGCUUGCGCAUUCUCUGGGGGGUUGAACACAACGUUCGCCAGUUUGUAUUGAUUUGA